UCUUACCCACAAAGCAAAAACGAGAAUAAAUGCAUCGGAUUCCGCUAGAAACCCAAAAACAACCUUAAAUUAAAACCAAGGAAUCGCAGAAAUAGUUCAAAUCAAAGCUAUAACUAUGAAGAUCAGCACUAGUACUAGUCUUCUUUGCUUUCUUUGUCUUUUCGGCGCGGUCUCUGUGAUUUCUGAAUCGUGUGAGGAAAAAGGGUUCAUAAAGAUGAAGGAGAGUGAAAGUGUUCUUGGGGGAAGCCAUGGCUACCGAGGAGAUCAGAAUAAUGGAGAAAUUGAAAGCAUUGGUCGUUUUGCUGUUCAAGAACACAACAAGAAAGAGAACGCGCUUCUUGAGUUUGGAAGGGUGAUCAAAGCGAAAGAAUAGGUGGUUGCUGGUAAGGU